UUAGGGUUGUCACCCAGCAUUCGGUGAAAUGUAUUUCAAAAUUUUAUUUGGGAAACAUGAGAAGGGCAUUAACGAGUAUACGUGGCAUGUGUAAAUCCCAUAAAGCCAUCAGAGAUAUAACAAAGAUUUGGGUUUCACCGCUGCCUCCAAAAUCCAAGUAUUUAUUGCCAUGUCGUUUUAAUUACAUAGAAAACGGUCGCGAAAAGCAUCGCGAUGUGGUACAAAUCAAGGAUGCGGUGAUGGUUUUGUUGUACAAUAAGUCACGGAACAAGUUGGUCUUUGUGCGCCAGUUUCGAGCAGCUGUAUAUCAUGGCGUUAUGAUGGGAAAUAACUUAAAAGUUCCUGAGGGGGAAGUCGAUUUGCAAAAGUAUCCUCCCGAACUGGGCGUUACUUUGGAAUUUUGCGCAGGUUUGGUGGACAAAGACAAGAGUCUCGAGGAAAUAGCACAGGAGGAAGUGCUUGAAGAAUGUGGCUACAACGUGGACGCAGCAUCCAUGCAGUUGGUCUACAAAUAUAGAUCUGGCAUAGGCACCUCUAGCGGUGGUUUGGUAUUAUUCUAUUGUGAGGUAUGUGAUGAGCAGAAAGUGUCUCAGGGUGGUGGCAUAAAUGAUGAGUUGAUUGAAGUGGUGGAGUUAUCCAUCAACCAGGUAAAGCAAAUGGUAAAAACAUGCUCCAGUUUUAAUGGCUCGCCCAGUGUUUUUGUUGGCAUUCUAUGGUUUUUAGCAAAUUUUAAUUGCUAGCCUCCCGCCAAAAUUUAAAUAGUGUGGCCAUGUAUUUUUGUGUCAAAAUAUAUCAAAUUGAAACCUGA